AUGGACGAUACACGGCUGAGGGAGCGAGCGCCUCUAACGGUCAUAGUGGCGCCGAGCAACGUGUCCCCGCCGCGGCUGUCCCCCGCGGACCUGCUGCCCGACGGAGACGCCGCCUUCCACCCUCUGAGCGCCGUCAACGGCCGCCUCACGCCGCCGGGGCUCGAGCCCGCGUCCUACGCCACACUGACGCCCCUGCUCCCUUUGCCCCCUAUAAGCACCGUAUCUGAUAAGUUCGCGUACCACGCGGGCGGCACCUUCACGGUCAUCCAGCAGCAGCAGUCCUACGCGUCCUUAUCUCCUACAGCUUACAAUGAGCCGUUAUCGCCUCAGUCAGCGUACAGUCGGCGGAGCGCGUCCCCGGGCUCGUACGAGCGUCGAUCCCCCACGCCGCCGCUGCCCAGCCCGGGUUUGGACCUGAACGCAGCUUUACUAGCACGAGAGACGAGGGAGGAACAAGCUCAGCAGACGCAGCAGAAUGAUACAGAGGAGAUUAACACGAAGGAACUCGCGCAGAGGAUAAGCGGGGAGCUCAAGAGGUACUCAAUACCUCAGGCGAUCUUCGCUCAGAGGGUGCUGUGUCGGUCGCAGGGGACGCUCAGUGACUUACUCAGGAACCCCAAGCCGUGGUCCAAGUUGAAGUCGGGCCGGGAGACCUUCAGGAGGAUGUGGAAGUGGCUCCAAGAACCAGAGUUUCAAAGGAUGUCGGCCUUGAGACUUGCAGCGGCCCAGAUACCACAGAGAGGCAGCUGCAAGCGCAAGGAGGAUAUGGCCUCGGAUACACUCCCUUCCCCGAAGAAGCCGCGUUUGGUUUUCACAGAUCUACAGCGGCGUACUCUGCAGGCUAUUUUUAAGGAAACGAAACGACCAUCAAAAGAGAUGCAAGUAACGAUAGCGCGGCAGCUCGGUCUGGAGCCGACCACCGUCGGCAACUUCUUCAUGAACGCUCGCAGACGAUCCAUGGACAAAUGGAAGGACGACGACGCGCCUUCCACAGACUUAGACCAGCAAUGCGACGGGCAGGACCUAGACCACGUGCCCAGUCUAGACUCGGCGGAGUCUGAGGAGGAUCACGACGACACCGACGACCAUCUCUUGACUGAUGAUGGUGAUGGAAUGAUCUCUCGUAAUAAAUGUUUCUAG